GUGAGGUAUAUCGUAUAUCCGUACAAAAAACUCACGUUCCUCACAAAAAUAGUGCUUUCACUCUAUACUCUCUGUCUCUCUCCGUUCCCCUCGUCAGUCGGCGUCGAUCGCCUCGAGUCAUCGUUGCUGGCCUGUUGCUGAGUCGUCGCGCCGGUGAUUUACGCCACCUCUGCCGCCUGCCGGGUCUGCGGUCUGUGUGACUGCAGAUUUUAGCCUGCUGUACUGUUGGUGUUCUGGAAUUGGAAAGAAAAAGCAGCUAAAUUGCAAAAAGUCAGAAUUGGAGAUUGGUCUGAAACCAUUGUUUGAGGUGCUCCCUAGUUCCUUACCUGAUACAAGUACCUCAUGUUCUCAAGCAUUUCUUCAUCACAAACCGUGUUAAGAAAUCCGAUAAAUUCGGCCAUGAAUUAUGCAAAGAAGAAAGCUGCUGUACUUUACCACUACCCUUGCCCUGACGGUGUUUUUGCUGCCCUUGCAGCACAUCUUUACUUCUCUGCUACUUCCUCCCCUGUGCUAUUUUUUCCCAACACUGUCUACAACCCUAUCAAGCCUGAGCAGUUACCACUGCAAGAAAUUGGCGAUGUUUACCUUUUAGACUUUGUGGGGCCCUCUGGUUUCGUUGCCGAUCUGUCAUCUAAGGUCCAGAAUGUGAUCAUUCUUGACCAUCACAAGACUGCGCUCGAAACUUUAGGCGGUGGAACCUCAUUGGGUGAGAACGUAACAAAGACUAUAGAUAUGGAGAGGAGCGGGGCAACAAUUGCUUAUGAUUUCUUCAAGCAGAAGCUUAGUGAAAGGAAUGAAGGCAGCUAUGAAGCUGUGCUUGCUGAGUAUGAAAGAAUGAGAAAGCUCUUUGAGUACAUCGAGGAUGGGGAUCUUUGGAAGUGGCAACUAGAGAGUAGCAAGGCCUUCAGCAGCGGAUUCAAAGACCAGAAAAUAGAAUUUGAUUUCCGGAAAAAUUCCUCCGUGUUUCAGCAGUUACUCUCCUUAAACCUUGAGGCUGUUAUAAAUCAAGGUAUUAUAAGCAUAGCUCAUAAACAAAAAUUGAUAUCUGAAUCUCUUGAGCGAUCUUUUGCAAUUAGACUGGGAGGUGGGGAUUUUGGGUGUUGCCUAGCUGUCAACGUAGACGAAGCGCUUUCAGAAUUAAGGAGUGAACUCGGGAACCAGUUGGCUUGUAAGAGCCAAGACCACAACUUAAGGGGCAUUGGAGCCAUAGUGUAUACUGUUCCAGAGCUCGGGAAUGAUCAAAUGCUGAAAAUCAGCCUCCGGAGUGUCAGAAGUGAAGAUACUACUCCGAUUUCAGAGAAAUAUGGGGGUGGUGGACAUCGUAAUGCUAGUUCAUUUUUGUUAACUUCAGCAGAAUUUGAAGCAUGGAAGAUUGUUAGUUGACGCUUUCUUUGUUAGUUUUAUUUUUAUCUAUUAACAAUUUUUGUAGAUGUAGUUGGAAAUUUAAUUGGAGCCACUUCAUUAGUUCAGCUUAUAGCCACA